GUCUCUUCUUCAUGUGACAUCACUGCUGCUUCUUGGCUUAAAACCAGAGGCGAGGUUUCGGGUUUGGGGAACAAGUCCAGGAAGCUGCGUCAACUGAUAAGACAGAAAAAAGACUUCAUCGUGUGUGUGUGUGACCCUACACACCCUAACCCCUGGAUAUGGCAGGUCUCCGUGGUCUCAAGGUCCUGCUGCUCUGGACUGGGAUCAUUGGUUUGGCAAGCUGUCAGUCUACAACUGGCACCUCUCCUGCUACAGUAAACGCACCUUUACCCACAACCACAGCAGCUCCCAGCGCCAACAAUGAUCAGACAAACCAAUCUCCAGACCCGAAGACGUCUACAGUCGACCAACCCAGCACGACAAACGGGACGACCGUCAAAGCCACUGAAACUUCAACCGCCACUGAACCCUCUCCUGCACCAACAGAGUGUUCUUUCAAAGUUAAUCCCGUCAGGUUUGGCCUCUCGAUUGAAAUGAUCAACGGUACCACUGCUAACUACACCGUACGUAUUACUGAAGAAGAAGGAUCAACGGAGAGUCACACAGUCCACUUCUCUGACCAAAACUCAACACGUUCAUUCAAAGACCUGAAGCCCUGUGCUAAAUAUGACGUUAGUGUUACUUUUAUGGACUCUGCUGGUAAUGAAAGACUCUGCAACAGCACUGUGAAUGUCACUGAGACAGACUCCAUGAAUGCUGCUGAUAUCAGCCGUGGCUCCUGUAUGCCUGGAUGGGUUUGUUAUCAAAGUGGUUGGGACCUCAGCGCUUCACUGUCAACACCCAAGAAAAAAGCAACUAAACUGUGUGAAAAUGGAAUCUGUUUCAAACCUGCUCUUGAAGACAUUUGCUCAGAAUUUACUACAACAUUCGAACAUGUAGGAAGCUGUGGGAACUCUUCAGACCGCAGGGAAGACAUCACUGUUGAUUUCCUGAAUUCAAGUGAAAUACGACAGAAAUUUAUCCCUGGACUUCCAGCACAAAUCGACACAGUGCUUCCUUCAAAGUGUGUAAACCUGUCAGUGGAUUACACCUGUUCAGAACCAAACAAAGCCAAUGAGACCAAGAAACUGUCUGAGCUGAAGCCGUUCACAAACUACACCUGCACCGGUCUGAUCAAGAACAACAACAACAGCUUGAACAAGACGACUCCACCUGUCCCUGCUCUUAUCUCUUGUCAUUUUAGACUAAACAAGCAAGAGCCAGAUGUGACUAACACGUCCAUUAGGCUGAGCUGGGAAACCUUCAGUCCCAACUGUGAGAGCAUCGUCCCUGACCUUUCAUAUGAGUGCAGCUGUCAACGAUCAGGCUCCAAAGACCUUCCAGAAGAAGGAAAGGCAGGCAAACGUCCUGAUGGAGGAUCAUGUCUUAUCAGGGGAUUAUCAGCAUUCACCGACUAUUCAUGUGUAGUUUCAACCUCUUACAUGGGUGAGAUUCGUUAUUGGGAACCCCAACCAGAGCGGAAAACUAAACCUGGAACACCAGGACCGGUUACUGACUUGAAAGUGACAAUCAUUGAUCAUAAUGUGAUGAAAGUGACCUGCAAACCUCCAUACGAUGGAUUUAAGGGGCGUGAACAGAUUUACAAAGCACGUCUCAGUAAUGGUGUUAAAAAAGAUAAAAUGGCCUCAUGUGAAUUUGAAUUCAGAGACCUGAGCUACUUGACGGAAUACACUGUGGAGGUGACGGCUUCCAAUGGAGUUCUGGAGAGCCACCCCAGAACAGAUAAACGUUCUACUCGCUAUAAUGACAAAGCUGUCAUUGGGUUUUUGGUCUUCCUCAUCACUGUCACUUUCCUUGCGUUGCUUUUUGUGGUCUACAAGAUUUACAUUUUGAAACGCAGAAGGACACAUGACAUGAAUGAAAACAUCAGGCUUAUUUCACCAGCAAACGAUGAAGAAAGCCUGAUGUCCGUUGAACCGAUUGCAGCUGGCGUCCUACUGGAGACCUACAAGAGGAAGUAUGCAGAUGAGGGAAGACUUUUCCUGGCUGAGUUUCAGAGCAUCCCCAGAAUUUUUUCAAGAUACACCAUGAAGGAGGCAAAAAAGUCCUCCAACGCCUUCAAGAACCGCUACGUGGACAUUUUGCCAUAUGACUAUAAUCGUGUCCAACUCAUGACAGGAAAUGGAGAGGCUGGAUGUGACUACAUCAAUGCCAGCUUCAUAGAUGGCUACAAUGAACCCAAAAAGUACAUUGCUGCUCAAGGGCCAAAGGAAGAGACUAUAGGCGACUUCUGGAGGAUGAUUUGGGAGCAGCAGUCCUCUAUUAUCGUCAUGGUGACGCGCUGUGAAGAGGGAAACAGGAUCAAGUGUGCACAGUACUGGCCGUCUCCAGACCGAGAGACAGAGAUCUAUGAGGAGUUUGUCGUGAAGUUGAACUCAGUGGACCGGUAUCCAGAUUACAUCAUCCGCCGCCUCAGCCUGAUUAACAAGAGGGAGAAGAACACAGAGAGGGAGGUGACUCAUAUCCAGUUCAUGAGCUGGCCAGACCACGGUGUCCCAGGAGAGCCGCAUCUCCUCCUGAAACUCAGGCGACGUGUCAACGCUUUCAAGAAUUUUUUCAGUGGUCCCAUUGUUGUUCACUGCAGUGCGGGUGUUGGCAGGACCGGUACCUACAUUAGCAUCGAUGCCAUGAUGGAGGGUCUGGAGGCGGAAGGCCGAGUGGACAUCUAUGGUUAUGUCGUCAGACUCCGCAAACAGAGAUGUCUCAUGGUUCAAGUAGAGCCCCAGUACAUAUUGAUUCAUCAGGCCCUGCUGGAGCACAACCAGUUUGGAGAGACAGAGACCCCUCUGUCUGAGCUCCACAGCACACUGAGCACACUCAAUCAGAAUAGCUCUGAUGAUGGCAGCACCUUAAUGGAGGAGGAGUUUAAGAGACUUCCCGACUUUAAAAACUGGAGGACAUUUAACGCGGGGAUCACAGAGGAAAACAAAAAGAAGAAUCGUUCCUCAGAUGUCAUCCCAUAUGACUACAACCGGGUGUUGAUAAAGCUAAAUGAAGGAUGCAGUCAAGACAGCGAGCCAGAUGAGGACGACGAAGAAGAGUCAUCAGACGAAGAGAAUGAAGACGCCACUAAAUACAUCAAUGCUUCUCACAUAGAUGGCUACUGGGGCCCACGCGCCUUCAUCGUAGCACAAACUCCAUUGGCAGACACCAUGGCUGACUUCUGGAUGAUGGUCCAUCAGAAAAAGGUGUCUACUAUUGUCAUGCUUUCCGAACAAAGCGAUGGAGAAAAGGAGUCUGUGUACUGGGGCGACGACAAAAAGACAUUUGGGGAGAUUGAGGUGGAGCUGAAGAGCACUGACACUUCUUCAACUUACAUCACCCGCAAAAUGAUGAUCCACCACGUCAAGCAGAGGAAAGAGAGUCGGCCGGUGAAUCAUUACCAGUUCUUGAAGUGGGAGGACGGCAAGCUGCCGGAAAAAUCUCAAGACCUCACGGAUAUGAUCAAGAACAUUAAGGUCAACAGUGGCAUCAAGAGCUCCCAAAGGAUCACACCCAUUCUGGUCCACUGCAACAAUGGUUCAUUACGUUCGGGGAUUUUCUGCGCUCUAUGGAACUUGCUGGACAGUGCUGAGACUGAGAAGCUGGUGGAUGUUUUCCAAGUGAUCAAAACUUUGCGCAAGGAAAGACAGGGGAUGCUCCUCAGCCUGGAGCACUACCAGUUCCUGUACAAAGCUCUGGAGGACGUCUUCCCUCACGUGAACGGGGAGGUGAAGCCAGUGCAGGCCUCUGCUGUUGACUCCGUCCAGCUGGUCAGUGAAACCAAGACAGCAGCGGAGCAGCCGGCCGGCACCGCCAGCCCUGACCAGCAGGUGGCAGCAGCAGAAAGCCCUCCUGUGGUGGUGGAUGGAGAGAAGGAGGACAAAGGAGAGGAGCCAGAAGAGGUGUCCAGUGCAGUGCAGGAGAAAAAGUCAGCGGGGGAAGCCAGCAAUGGUCCCACUGUCACUGUGGAGGUGUGACCGGGAUGGCCAGAGUUCCUCACCUACCGGGAAAUAAGCGCUUCAUCUGAAUGCUUUUUAAAAGUUACUUUAUGAAUGUAUAAAUAAAUGUUGUGAAGCUUUUACAGAAGUGUUUUAGUCGCUUUUCUUUUUCCAGAAUUUGGUCAAAUAACUGAUGCUAUCUUCAGAUAAUAUGAUUUAAAUUAAGUUAUGACUAUUUGAGUGGAAAAUGUAUGGGAAUGCAAAUGUUGUCUGUCUAUUUUAAUAGAAUUGCUGUCAUCAAACUAGGGAUCUUGGAUUGACUGUAAUGUUCCUUUUGUUUUCCUCUGUGAUGUUCAACAAAAUUCCAGUACAGUGUGUUUUAUACUGGUCUUCAUGGUGAUGAGCUGCUUUGAUCAUGAAAUGAAUAAAAGCUUCAGGAUACAUUUACACAUAUAAAUAUAUUGGUCCAAAACGUGUUCACACUGUACCUUUUUUCAAUAAAGAGACUUACAAACA